CACCACCUGGCUCCGCGUGACGUACAUGAAAGAAAAUCUCCUUUGGCCGCGGCGCGAGACAAGAAGAUUAUUAGUACACGCGCAGAGGGGGGAGAGAGAGAGGGAGCGCGAGAGAGCUGGAUAUUAGUUUGGCUUCUAGUCUUUAGGAGGAGCUGCUCGGUACCCGUGUGAAUUGCCUUCAAACUGUAGGAGAAGACGCACAGACAGUCACUACCCCCGUUUAAAGCCCGUCACGGGGUCCGUAGGUGAGUUUGGAAGCGAGUCCUUUUUAUUCCAAUUCAGAAGAAGAAGAAGGGGGAGAAGAGAAAGUCAUGGACAGAGGAGUAGAAUUAAAAAGAAGCUAGCGCCCGCAGUAAAAAUAACCUUUGGAGGAGAAAAAGACAGAGAGCAGAAGAAGUGUCCGGAGAGGGAAGAGGAACAGAAUGGGGAUGGAUUUCAGCACUCUGCGUACUCUUAUCAGCCGAUACUGUGUCGGGGAGGAGAACUGGGUUGAUAGCCGGACAAUUUACAUUGGACAUAAGGAGCCUCCUCCAGGAACUGAGGCUUUUAUACAGCAAAGAUUUCCUGACAACAGAAUAGUCUCUUCAAAGUACACGUUUUGGAACUUCAUCCCAAAGAAUAUGUUUGAGCAGUUCAGGAGAGUCGCCAACUUCUACUUUCUCAUCAUAUUUCUGGUUCAGUUGAUUAUUGACACUCCCACCAGUCCGGUCACCAGCGGACUGCCACUGUUCUUUGUCAUCACAGUCACCGCCAUUAAACAGGGUUAUGAGGACUGGUUGAGACACAAAGCAGACAACGCUGUCAACCAGUGUCCUGUCCACGUGGUGCAUCAUGGCAAAGUGGUCCGCAAACAAAGCCGCAAACUCAGGGUUGGAGAUGUGGUCUUGGUGAAAGAAGAUGAGGCUUUCCCCUGUGAUCUCAUCCUCCUCUCCUCGUCUCGAGAUGACGGGACCUGCUUUGUUACUACAGCCAGCCUGGAUGGAGAGAGCAGUCACAAGACAUAUUAUGCAGUUCAGGAAACCAAAGCUUACAACGCAGAGAAAGAGGUGGACACCAUCCACGCCACAAUAGAAUGUGAACAACCACAGCCAGACCUGUACAAAUUCGUGGGGCGUAUCAACAUCUACAUGACCACUGAGCCAGUGGCAAGGCCGUUAGGAUCAGAGAACCUGUUGCUCCGAGGAGCCACACUCAAGAACACUGAAUAUAUCUAUGCUGUGGCCAUCUACACUGGCAUGGAAACCAAGAUGGCUCUCAAUUACCAGUCCAAGUCUCAGAAACGAUCUGCAGUGGAAAAGUCAAUGAAUGCCUACCUGGUGGUCUACUUGUGCAUUCUCAUCAGCAAAGCUCUCAUCAACACGGCACUGAAAUACGUGUGGCAGUCCGACCCCAACAAAGACGAGCCCUUUUACAACCAGAAGACGGAAGCUGAGAGACAGAGACAUGUUCUAAUCAGGGCGUUCACAGACUUUUUGGCCUUCAUGGUUCUUUUCAACUACAUCAUUCCCGUGUCCAUGUAUGUCACUGUGGAGAUGCAGAAGUUCCUGGGCUCCUACUUCAUCAUGUGGGAUGAUGAAAUGUUCGAUGAGGAGCUGGGGGAGAGAGCCGUGGUCAACACAUCAGACCUGAAUGAGGAACUGGGACAGGUGGAGUACGUGUUUACAGACAAGACAGGAACGCUAACAGAGAACAACAUGGAGUUUAUAGAGUGCUGUGUGGAUGGACACGUUUACGUACCUCACGCUAUCUGUAAUGGACAGGUGAUGCCUGGAGCUGCCGGUAUGGACAUGAUCGACUCAUCCCCAGGUCCCGCAGCCAGGGAGCACGAGGAGCUGUUUUUCCGGGCGUUGUGUUUGUGCCACACGGUGCAGGUGAAAGAGGAGGAUACUGUAGAUGGGAUCAAACAUGGCAUUCACCAGGGCAAGUCCACUUCCUUCUACAUCUCCUCCUCUCCUGACGAGGUUGCACUGGUGGAGGGCAUGAAGAGGCUCGGUUUCACCUAUCUGAGGCUCAAGGACGGUAGGAUGGAAAUCUUAAAUAGGGAGGAUGAAGUUGAAAAGUUUGACCUGCUAGAGGUUUUGACAUUUGACUCAGUCCGACGGAGGAUGAGCGUUAUUGUCAGGGCCAGCACUGGUGAGGUUUAUCUCUUCUGUAAAGGUGCAGACUCCUCUAUCUUCCCAAGGGUCAUCUCAGGCAAAGUGGAUCAGGUCCGAGCUCGGGUGGAGCAAAACGCAGUGGAGGGUUUGAGGACACUUUGUGUUGCCUAUCGCUCUCUGAACCCAGAACAGUACGAGGAGGUUUUCCAACAGCUGAACAGAGCUAAGUUAGCAUUACAAGACCGAGACAAACAGCUGGCAGAGGCUUACGACCUCAUCGAGAAGGACCUGAUACUGCUGGGAGCAACUGCUGUCGAGGACAGGCUACAGGAAAAAGCAGCAGACACCAUCGAGUCUCUGCACAAAGCUGGUAUAAAGGUGUGGGUGCUGACAGGAGACAAGAUGGAGACUGCAGCUGCAACGUGCUAUGCCAGCAAGCUGUUUCAUCGCAACACCCAAAUCCUGGAGCUGACCACCAAACGCACUGAGGAGCAGAGCCUUCACGACGUCCUGUUUGAAUUGAGCAGGACGGUCCUUAGGCAGCAUGGGGGCAUGACCCGGGACACCUUCUCUGAGCUAUCAGGUGAUUGCACCGACUAUGGUCUGAUCAUCGACGGAGCUACCCUCUCUGCUGUAAUGAGGCCCGGCCAGGAGGGCUCAAACUCAGGGAAUUACAAAGAGAAAUUCUUGGAAAUCUGCCGCAACUGCAGUGCCGUGCUCUGCUGUCGAAUGGCGCCGCUUCAGAAGGCACAGAUUGUCAAGUUGAUCAAAGCCUCGGAGGAGCACCCAAUCACGCUGGCCAUUGGCGAUGGAGCUAAUGAUGUCAGCAUGAUCCUGGAGGCCCACGUUGGUAUUGGCAUUAUGGGUAAGGAGGGUCGCCAGGCAGUGAGGAACAGCGACUACGCCAUCCCGAAGUUCAAACACCUCAAGAAGAUGCUGCUCGUCCACGGACACUAUUACUACAUACGCAUCUCUGAACUUGUACAAUAUUUCUUCUACAAGAAUGUCUGUUUCAUUUUCCCUCAGUUCCUCUACCAGUUCUUUUGUGGCUUCUCACAACAGCCGCUGUAUGACACGGCUUACCUGACUCUCUACAACAUCAGCUUCACCUCGCUGCCCAUUCUGCUCUACAGUCUCAUGGAGCAGCACAUUAAUAUGGACAUCCUGAAGAAAGACCCUUGUCUCUACAGAGAUAUUGCUAAGAACUCUUUGCUGCGGUGGCCCACCUUCAUAUACUGGACCAUCUUGGGGGUUUAUGAUGCCAUUGUGAUGUUCUUUGGUGCUUACUUCCUGUUUGACAACACCACCUUCACCAGCAAUGGACAGCUAAUGACAACCAACACACAGAUGAUGUUUGGAAACUGGACAUUUGGGACACUCGUCUUCACUGUGCUAGUCUUCACUGUUACAUUCAAGUUGGCCCUAGAUACUCAUUACUGGACUUGGAUCAAUCAUUUCAUUAUCUGGGGCUCACUGAUCUUCUUUGUCGUAUUCUCUCUGCUGUGGGGCGGAAUCAUCUGGCCAUUCCUCAACUACCAGAGGAUGUACUAUGUGUUCAUGCAGAUGUUGUCCAGUGGCCCAGCCUGGCUCAGUAUAAUCCUUUUGAUAACAGCCAGUCUGUUGCCAGAUGUGGUGAAGAAGGUCAUAUGGAGGACACUGUGGCCCACCACUACUGAGCGCAUACAGAAUGCAGAUAAACUCUACAAGGGCCAGCUGUCUGAGUUCACCCCCUUGGCUUCCCUCCACGCUCCGUCUAAGGGUAGCAGCCACCGGCGAGGCUCGGAAAACCAAAGGAACCCUCGAAGGUCUGAACCCUUUACCAAGAAAGUUAUGUUCACACGCUGGCAAAAAGCGCCAGACUACUGCACCUUCACCCCCCUCCUCCGGUUUGCUGAUAGCUCCCGCCAUUCAAGGCAGGGGUACAAUUACAGCGGGGCGGGGCCUGAGACCUCAGUCUAAUUUAUUUCUUCUUCUCUGGGGUAUUUUUUUUAAACCUUAUAUUCUAAUAUCAGAAACAAUGUCAUCCACAUGGAGUUACUCAGAUAAAUUGGUGGAAAGCAAACUUGGAGCUUACUUACUUACUUCGACGUUACUGAGUUGGAGUAAAAUAAUAAACAGCUGAGGAGACUGCAAUGCUAAGUGACCUUCAUAAUUUCUGUCAAGUUCGCAGCCAAGUGUGGCGCAAAGCACUAUGGGACGGCUCUGGAAUGGACCCCGUCGGCAGGGCCUGGUUCGCUGCCACAACGUGCAAAGGGCUCAGUGUAAUGAUGUCACAGCAAACAAACUGACUCGAGCUUUGGUUUCACAUGAAAAAUAUGUGCACUGGCUCUUACGCCUGCCUGCCUUUGAUGGUAGCUGAAGUGUACUUUACUCUGAUUAUUAGGGUGUUUUAAUGGCUAUUGUGAUAAUCAUGCUGAUGCUCUAUGACCGGGAUGAUGAUGAUGAUGAUGAUAAUGAGGACGACUGUAGAAGUGCUCGAGCUAGCUUAAACUUUCUGUGAUCAAACAUUUUCUUGUCUUCAGUCUCUGCCAUCUGUCUUUAUUCCCUUCUGUCUGUUUUGCCUCUUUUUUAGGACUAACUGGUGUUGCCUGUGUGCAAACAUGUUAUCCAGAAACACUGCUUAGGACUCUGGGAUCAGAAACUGCAUCAUUGUAAGGAGGGUUGUAGUAGAAGGAAGAAUAAAUGUUGAAAAAUUAGUCUAUGGAGCCCGGAAGUAGCCGUAUAGGGGAAUUAAAUCAUUUUAUAUUGGGAUGAGAUACAAUUUUUGCUUAAUUUCUGAUUCAUUUGUGCAAACGAUACAGCAAGCUGAUUGUCCUAACUUUGAUUAGAUGGAAAACGGUGGUCAAGUCAGUUAAUAAUGACAGAAAAGCGUAGCUCAUGGUGCUUUCUGUGUCACAAUAUGUCUGGUUUAAAAAUGUGUGGGGAGCUUUGAAAGCUCUUAAACUAGCUCACCUUUAACGACAAAACACAGAAAAGCCUCUUGGCUGUCAUAAACAUGAAGCAAUAAUUUAGAGUAAAAUGAUCUUGAAAUAGAAAAAGAAAAACAAAGGUUCAUUUAUUUAAAUAAUUUGUUAUUAAGAAAUAUAUGCUGGUAACAAAUUUAACAGUUUACUUAAAUAACAAAAUACAUGGAAAAUUUACAUGUAAUCUGAUUACUUAAAGUCAGUAUUUUGAGCACGAUUAUGUUUUUUAAAUGUAAGCUGAAAUGCAACAAGUGCAAAUAUUGUAGGCAAAUUACAAUUUGUCACAUUUUUUUAUCCUGUUUCCAUGGUAAUUUGUUACUUUGAUAGUAAAGUGAACAAAAGCAGUGUUUAAGUCCAUACCAAAGCCAACAUGUAAGCAUUGAGAUCAUCAUCAUACUGUACAGCACACAGGGUGUAAAUACAGAGAGCGAGUGCAAACGGCACAAAUAGACAAAAACAUGGGAACGAGUCAUAAUGCACGUACGCAUCUCAUUGGCUACUCCUGGGUUCCAAUAGCAGAGUCAGUAGGAGUUGGUCUUUGUGAACAAUUAUUGUUUUAUCAUGUUAUACAUCCAACAUUUAAACUUUCAGAGUCACAUUUAGGUAGCUUAGAGCUUUGGUGUGGUAGAGGUUUGUGUGCGUAUCUGUGUGUGCUGAUAGAAGACUGUGUGUCUGUGUGUGUAUCUUUUAAUCUCCAUCUAUCCUAUCAUCUUGAACAGUAGAUUGUAAACUUACCUUAUCUUUAGAUGACUAAAUGUCUUGUAGUAGGACCCAGAGGAACUGCUUGUGUGACCGCUACCUGGCCGUUUCUUAUUGCCUUAAUGUCGUCUUGUAAACUCUGCGGUAUUUUUCACUGAUAUCAUUUACCAAAGAAACAGCAGGUAACGCUUUAUGACAUCCUUUAGAUAUUAGCUGGUUGCUUGUAUUUACUUUGAUUGAAGCACUUUAAAAUGAUAUAUAGUUCCUUUUAAUAUAAUUCACUCAAAGUGCCCCAAAUGGUUUGAUGCCUUAAAUAAAUAUCAAAUCAUUUAUAAUGUAUUAAAUUAUGAAACAAACAGCCGGCACAACCAAUUCAAAGAAAAAAAAGGAAUCGAGAUAGAAACACUUUUUUUUACAUGGCCGUGAGAGGACCUUUAACUGACCAGUAGCACAGCAAAGUGCCCUCUCAUAUUCUGUGUACAGUAGAAAAUGGCAGAAUAAGUAUAUAUGGGGUUCUUUAAGUGCAAAAAAAAAAAAAAAAAUUUGCAUGUACAAAAAAUGUGAAAAAAAUCUAUUUUAAUAAUGUGACAGAGAAGCGAGCGUCUUGAUAUCCUUUCAUACUCAUUUUCCACCUCAUCUCAACAGAAUAAGAUGCUUUUUAGCUCUGCAGAUCAGGUUGAUUGUAGCAUCUAACAGUUUAGUGCUCCCGCCCUUAAAAGCCUUAUAACAGAAGUCUAAUGGGAUUCUCCAGCUUAAAAAAAGGGCCUUUACAGUGCGCUCUUUGAAUUCUGUCUCACACGUUCCUGUUUCAACUCGUACCCUCUGUGUCUCUCCUUCUAGCUCUCUCUCUCUCUCUCCCUCACACCCUCCCUCUCUUGAAGCGAUGUUGAAGCUGUUCCUACCUCUGUGACAGUUGUCUCCAUCUGCCUCAUCAUCAUCAUUUCAUCCGUCCCAUUCUGCGUCUUCUCUGCCGUUCCUCCGUUCAUACAUUGACUCAUCCAUCAUGAGACAGUAGAUCUGAUGUUUUUAGUUCUAUGAACCAAAGCCUUGUUGCUGCUAGAGAUUCUUUAGCUGCUUUACAUUAGGUGCCUUGUGCUAGUUUUCACAGCCUGUCUUUGCUUUGCUUUGUGGUCAAUUUGAUACUGUUAAUAGGCGCUUCAAUGGUACAAGGGCACAGCAGAUGAUGGAUGUAACUGGAGGAAUGAAAUAACUACUGUAGGUGAAAAGGUGAAUGUGAAAUCGAGUUUUUAUGCAGACUUCUACUGAACAAGCAGAACUGACACACAAUCAAUGAACAAAUACCACUUAUGUUUAGUAUCUGUUUUUUUAUAGCUUGUAUUCAAUUUUUCUUUAAAAUAAAUGCCCGUGAGGGCAUUUGUCUCUGAAAUGUUAUUUUUUUUAUUGUUUUUGAUUAUGUACAAUGACUUUUAUGACCAUAGACUUGAAGAGCUCCAGCUCUGCUUUUUCCAAUCAGCUACAGGUGAUCAAUGGUAGCUUUUCUUUUGUUUUGUUUUUUCCAUCUCCAAGUUUUGGAGAUUUAAAGUUGAUGGUAAAGCAAAAGGGUUUCUUGUACUGUUGGAAUUGUCUAAAAUGAAGGGUUGGUUGGGCCAAAUUCCAAAAAGUAAAAGUAUUUUGUGUUGCUGUUUUACGCACCAAAAAAAGAAGAACAUUCCAGAUUGAUCUGCUUAGUAGAGCCCGACUGAUUUAUCAGCCAGCCGAUAUUUAUCGAAUGAUAUUAGCUGUAGAGGCUAAGCCUACACUUGAAGCCACUGAGGUGGUCGUUAACGGGGGGUGACGCGAUGUCACUGGUAUGUAUGAAUUAAGUAAACAGUCCAAGAAAUCCAGCUGUACUUAUCUUGUCCUUUUUGUUCUUUAUUCCAAUACCAUCUUGACAUAACAGCGCAGCGGUCACAAACUGUUUGCCUUCUCACAAUUAACGACACAUCUGACGCUGAUUACGUGCGUCUACCUUAAAUACCUUUACAUGAGCAAAACAGAAAAAGGUGACCUCUAGCGGCCACAUAAGGCAUUAACCCAAAAAUGGCUCCUACAUUAGCUAUUUUCCAAUGUAUUGGCAUCAGUAUUUGUAACAGCCAAUAAUACAACCUACAGAUAUGUUUUGAGGACAGUGCAUAGUUUUUCCACCAGAGGGCACUGUGCAACAUCCCUUUUGGCAACAAACAAACAUAAUAAACAGGUUAUCUGAGCAGGCUGAGCCUAAAUAAGCAAACUGAUAACUACACGUGACAAACAUUAGGGAAAUGUGUUUUUGUAUCUGAAAGGGAGAAAAAAAAAUCAGCACAUAUAUCAGAAAAUUGGAUUUUUAAAUCACCAUAUAUCGGUAUCAGUUUAAAAAAAUCAUAUAUCUGUCGGGUUCUACGACUUAGAACAAUUGAAGUAAAUUAGAAAAUACUGGAUUUUUGUUGUUGUUGAUGUUUUUAUUAUCUGAAUGAAGAAAACAAAGAUCCUGUCCCUCCUUUUAUUGUUUGCCCUGAAUUCUGAUUGGCCUUUGGACUAGGAAGAUGUUUUUCAUUGCAAACAAUGUACCAAGGCUUCAGUACCUUAACUGCUAAAGAAUCACACAAAUAACACAACAAUUGUUAAUGAAAUGGGAGGGGGCGAAAAAGAAAAGUCUACAGUAUAAUGCCAUGUGAGAGCUGAUACACUAUGACCACCGGACUAAACUAGCUGGGAGAAGCAAUAAGUAUAAUCAAACUGAAGCUGCUUGUAAAUGGCUCUCUGCAACAAAUGUGACCUCUUAGCACUAGCUAAGCGACAGAGAGUCACUUAUAUUCAAAUGUCAACCAUGACAGUGAAGAAUCCAUUAUCCUAUCCUGUCUGUGAUCUCAGAUCAGUACUUACACAGCGGUGACUAAGCAUGGUCCUUAUUCUUUAACUGAUGAAAGUUCUUGGAUGGAUUAAUUCUUUCUGUAGUGGGUUAGGGGAUUACUUCAAAAUGAAAAGACCCUUUUAUAUUUAUGGUUGCGGUUGGUCAUUGAAACCUGACAUACUACUGACACUUGGAGGCAUCUGGAAGUCUCAAUAACCUACAAAAAUGAAAAGUUACUGCACUGCCAUUUUGGGGGAGAGGUAUCUUAGAAACCCCUCUUUUUUGUUUUACUUUUCAGAGACAGUAUUUAAUGUGUGUCUUGUUUAUAUCUCAGAGUAUUCCAACAACCAAAACUGGAUUGUGUCAAAAAAAAAAGUGGACACGUGUAUGUCUGUAUGCAUAGCUUUAAACGAAACAAGGACAAAGAGAUUUGCGGUGUUAGUUGUUUCUCGGAGGUGCACUGAACCGUCGUUCCUGAGGACCGACACCUUGCUGAAGCCAUCAACAGACCUUCUGCACCAGUCACUCCUGUCCACACUGAAUCUUUGAACUGACGGCCUUUCAGCUCAAAUGUUAUCUUUUUUUGAAAAUGUGUUAUUGUAUAGCGAGCUGUACUUCACAUAACCGGCAGUAUCUACGAACUGAGAUACAGUACUGUAUAUACAUAUAUGAACAAUAUUUAAAUGUAGUUAUGUUAAUGAAUGUACAGUUUUUGGGGCUCUUUUUGUAUACAGUUUUUAAACGGUCAUAUCUUGUGGAUUUUUGCCAACCUUUCUGUGGCUGUAAAUGGCGAACAUCUGUACAUUUGCUUGGAAAUAAAAGCGAAAAUGUGUUA